UGACUAUGAACACUGGCCAAUGAGUUGAUUUCGCAAUGUUUUCAAUUGACGUUUAUCUUUAUAAACCAGGAAGAAGUAGCCUACUCGGAUAUUGACGCUACACGGAAGUAGAAAUUGUGGGAUUCUAUCUCCAGGACCAGUAAAAGGAAAUCAUUGAAAACUAGCCUAUCACAUAUGUAAAGGAGCCAAAAUGGUGAACUGCUGUGGAUUGGUAACUGUCAAGAAUGAACAAGUGCCUCUGAAGAGUAUUGCUGUGGAAGUGAGUGUGCAGGGGCAUGUGGCCACCGUGAGCUCCACUCUGCAGUAUGAGAACCAGGAGCAGAGCCCUCUGGAGGCCAUCUUUGUUUUCCCUCUGCCGGGAGAGGCUGCUGUCUGCAGGUUCAGCGCAAAGAUAGGACAGACUGAGGUGGUGGCUGAGGUUCAGGAGAAACAGAAGGCACAGGAGCAGUAUGAUGACGCAUUGAGCUCUGGACAGCAGGCCUUCCUAUUGGAGGAGAGUGAUGAGAGCCCGGACGUGUUCAAGCUGAGUGUGGGUAGUCUGCCUCCAGGGGAGAAGGCCUCUGUCAGCCUGGACUAUGUGACAGAGCUGGCUGUACAGGCUGACGACGGCCUGAGGCUCUGCCUGCCCGCCGUGCUCAACCCCCGCUACCAACCCCAGGGGUCAGACAGUGGUAGUGGUGGCAGUGCCCAGGUGUCCUCGGUGCCCGCUGGUUCUGUGCCCUACAGUCUGUCCCUCAGUGCCCAUGUGUCGUCCCCUCAUCCCAUCUCUAGAGUAGAGUCCAACUGUCCCCUGGACCCACUCAACUACCUCAACACAGAGAAAACCCAAGCCACGGUCAGUCUGGCUGCAGGUCAUCAGUUUGACCGGGACGUUGAGCUGUUGUUGUAUUACCAAGACACCCAUCAGCCUACUGCUAUAGUAGAGGCAGCACAGGCUUCUGCCAAGCCAGGCUCUCUGAUGGGUGACCCAGUGGUCAUGCUGAGCUUGUACCCAGAGUUCCCCAAGGAUGUGAUGUCAUCUAUGACCUCACACGGGGAGUUCCUGUUCGUAGUGGAUCGCUCUGGCAGCAUGGAAUGCCCCAUGCACCUUGGGUCUGGGUCACAGGACCGUAUUGGCAGUGCCAGGGAUACCCUGCUGCUCUUGCUGAAAAGCCUGCCCAUGGGCUGCUACUUCAACAUCAUUGGCUUUGGGUCCAGUUAUGAGUCCUUCUUUUCAAAGAGUGUGGAGUACAGCCAGAAGACUUUGGAUGAGGCUCUGCAGAAGGUGAAAGAAAUGAGGGCUGACAUGGGAGGUACAGAGAUCCUCCAGCCUUUAAAACACAUCUACAGCCAGCCCUGCCUCCCCGACCAGCCCAGACAGCUCUUCCUGUUCACUGACGGUGAGGUGGGGAACACCAAGGAAGUCCUGGAUCUGGUGAAGACGAACGCUGGUUCUCACAGGUGUUUCUCCUUUGGGAUCGGGGAGGGGGCCAGCACUGCUCUCAUUUCUGGGGUGGCCCAGCAGGCCACAGGGCACGCACAGUUUAUCACAGGACAGGACAGGAUGCAGCCCAAAGCGAUGCAGUCUCUCCGGUUUGCCCUGCAGCCAGCUGUGGUGGACAUCUCAGUCAAAGUGGAAUGUCCCAAAGGGGUGUCUGUCACGCCUCUGUCUCCACCAAUCAGAGUGCUCUUCCAGGGUCAAAGGGCAAUUCUGUAUGCCCAGCUCACUGGGGAGAGCUCAGGGGACACAGAGGGCUCGGUGACAGUGAAGUACAGCCUGGCCAAGCAGCCUGUUGAGAACCAGCUGAGCUUCAUUCUUAAGCCUGCAGAGGACACUGGAAUGACCGUCCACAGGCUGGGGGCUCGAACCCUGAUCCAAUCCCUGGAGGUGGAAGAGAGAGAGCAGGAUGGGGAGAAGGAGGGAGUGAAAGAGAAGGUGAUAGAGCUCAGCGUCCAAUCAGGAGUGAGCAGUGCCUUUACUGCCUUCAUCGCUGUCCACAAAGGAGAUGGAGAGGCCCUGCAAGGACAGCUGCUACGCAGACAAGUCCCCACACCGAUGUUGUAUCACAGCUCCAUGUCCAAGAUGAACUUGUGUAGUAUGUCUCAAUGCAGCCCCAUGCCCAUGAUGAACUUGUGUAGUAUGUCUCAGUGCAGCCCCAUGCCCAUGAUGAACUUGUGUGAUAUGGCUCAGUGCAGCCCCAUGCCCAUGGUGAAGACAUGUAGUCUGCAGAUGAAUAUGAGUGCCCCAGGUUUGGCUGCUUUCGAAGUAUUUGACUCUGACGACAACUGUACCGAAGACUUUGACUCUCCAGCCCCAACCUCUAAGCCUGUGAGGGACCUUCUCCUCCAGCUGAUCUCCCUUCAGAAGGCCUCUGGUUCCUGGGUCCUGGAGGCAGCGUUGUCUGAGGUGCUGGCGAAGACUGAGGAGGAGGUGUCCAAGCCAAAGCCUGCACAGGUGGACCAGGAGGUGUGGGCCACGGUUCUAGCCCUGGUAUGGCUCUAUGGUUUCAAGAUGGAGGCUCAGGAGGAUUGGCAGUUUGUGGCCAUGAAGGCUGUUUCAUGGAUCCAGGCUCAGAAAGCGACCAGUGUUUCUGAGUGUGUUCAGGCUGGAAAUAACCUUCUGGGUUGCCAAGUGCAGAAAGACACCCUGGGGCUCUGACAUGUUCACCCUCCCAGUCCUCUCUCUGUCCCCCAUACACCUGCUACUCUACCUGGGGUGAGAUACACACAACCCUGCCUGCUCCUAGUCCCCUCCUCCAAGCAAACUGGUGGAGCUAGCAACUGUAUCCGCCUAAACAAGCCUAAUUAUCAACCUCUUGCCUAUAUUAGCCUAUUGUCAUUUACUGUUGGGACACUUAUGUAUCUCAAUGUAUUGGUUGUUAUUA